AUGGCAUCUAACCCUCCAGGAAAAUGUUGCUUUUCAGGUUACCGUCAUGAAGGUGAAACAUCCGGUGUUCACGAAAUGAUGUACAAUGUAGAAACUUAUAUCACUGGUACUACAUCUCCCUCAGAUAAAGUAAUUGUAAUCAUGACUGAUGUCUAUGGGAAUCAUUUUACAAAUGUUCUGUUGAUUGCCGAUCAAUUAGCUCUUGCUGGGUUUAAAGUGUAUAUCCCUGAUAUUUUAUUCGGUGAUAUCGUCAGUUCAAUGGAUGGAUCAGUAGAUUUCAAUGGUUGGUUAGCUAAACAUGACCCAAUCACCACCAGAAAGAUUGUUGAUAAUUUCUUAUCCAACUUGCGCAAAGAAUUCAACCCUAAAUUCGUUGGUAUCGUUGGUUAUUGUUUUGGUGCUAAAUUUGCUGUGCAACAAAUAAGUGAAGUUGAUGGGCUGGCUGAUAUAUGUGCUAUUGCACAUCCAUCCGGUGUCUCCAUUGAUGAACUUAAACUCAUUGGGAAAAAUAAACCUUUAUUGAUUGCCGCUGCUGAAACUGACCCGAUAUUCCCUGCUGAAUUAAGACAUCAAACGGAAGAUACAUUAAAGGAAAUUGGAGCUAGAUACCAAAUCGAUUUAUUCAGCGGUGUCUCACAUGGGUUUGCUUCAAGAGGUGAUGCUUCUGAUCCUGUUAUUAAAUAUGCAAUGGAUAAAGCUCUUCACGACCAAAUUUUUUGGUUCAAGCAUUUCUCUAAGGUCAAUAAAUAG